GUGUCUUGAUAUAUUAGUGUCGAUUUCAACGUAACACCUCAUUAUCAUUGUUCAGAGUAUUUUCAAAAUAUACACUAAUGAUGCAUCUUAAGAACGGUGAUCCAGAACCUUCUAUCGAUCCAACUAAAUAUACAUUGUUCGCUUUUCGUUUUUGUCCAUUCUGUGAACGUGUCAGAUUAACUUUAAGUUAUCAUAAAAUUGAUUAUGAUUUAAUUCUAAUUUCACUUAUUGAUAAACCAGAUUGGUUAGUUAAAUAUUCACCAUUGGGUAAAGUGCCACUAUUGAUUAAUCAAGGUGAUAAACUGCUGGAAUCGGAUUUAAUUAUACGAUUUGUGGAUGAAUUACACGGGAGUGAUAAUUCAUUAAUGAGUAUAUGUGGUGUGGAACAAUUUCAAAAAGCUGGUGAUUUAGCUAAAAAGUUUUUUAGUCCUGCACAUUCAAUAUUAUUUGGUGUUAAUUUCGCUGAAUCCGAUGUAGUGCAAUUUCGUGAAGCUUGCACUGAAUUGGAAAAUUCAAUCAAGAGUAAAUAUUUCACUGGAAAUCAAUUGAGCUUGGCCGAUUUGAUCCUCUUUCCCUUGAUUGAUUAUUUCGAAAUAGUUUUCAGUGUUAUACAUAACAUCAAUUGUGAUCAAGUGUACGAAGUUAAAACAGGCGAUAAAUUAUAUAACGAAGCUAAUAAAUGGCCUAAUUUACUGAAUUAUUUAACUACAAUGCGACAAGAAUCGUUUGUGGCUGAUACGCGAAUAUCAACUAACAUGAAAGCGAAAUAUGCUGCUUCUAAACGAUCCGGUUGUCCAAAUCCUGAAAUCCAAUAGAUUGGUAGAUUGGUGGUAGAUCAAUUUAUUGGUUUGUUUUUUUCUCCUCGCUCGCUUCAAUUUAAUCUGUACACCUUCAAUCUACUUGUUGUUGUUCAGUUGGAAUAUUCUC